AUGAACUGGGUUGCUAAGAAAACUUCUUUCUUGGUCCUUCAACUUCUUGGAGCACUGUUCUUUGUGCAUAAAGUGGGAAAAAUAAUAACUUACAGUUCAAAGGAGCUCAUUUAUGUGGGAACCAAGAAAGACACAAAUUCUAAGACGGACACGAAUGUUUGUCCACGUUUUGUCCAAUGCCCUAGGUUCGGCGGGCGAUGGAGAUGCACCUCGAAUCCUGAGCCUACAGGUGCUAAUAUUUUUUCGAGUCAAUUUUCAAAGUGCUGUGCAAACACGUGCAGGACUGCAGGGCUGUGGGUAUGCUCUUGGGUGGGGGCCCUGUGUCCUGCCACGGGCACGGUUCCACUGGCAGGUCAUCCCCAGGUUCUGCUCUCCAGGGGCCCGACUGGAAGGGGCACCGUUCCUGCCUCUCUCACCCGCAGGCCUGCGCCUGGGUCCCUGGUGCUCGUGGCAGACGCACCUGCGCCGGGGCUCUCCCCAUCUGGCUCCAGUGGCCGGGUCGAGAGUAGCUGUGCAGUCUCCAAACAGGCUCCUGAGGUCUGCUUAGGAGAUCCAGUUUCAGUCCCCGGUGGCGGCCGGUCUCAGGUUCGGUUACAGCGUACAGCCCGGAGAACGCCAGGCUGCCCCGGACGCGGGACACGAAUGGCCCCCCGUGUCGCCCCGGCCGCGGCCCCUUUAAGAGCGGCCGGGCGGAGUUGGCGCCGCCAAGUUUCCUCGGCCCGGCCGCGCGCCCCCUGCCGCCAGGCC